UGAAAAACCGCUGGAUGUCGCUGUUUGAGCAGAUACGCUUGUGAAUUUCAGCAGCCGAGGAAAUGUAAUAAUGGCGGCGGCCUGUGAGUGGAAAUCAUGUGAAGAAACGGAAACUGAUGCGUAUAUUGUUAAAUUCUCUAAUGGAGUCGUGAAAGAUGCAGAACAUCUAGACUUCAAACUCUUCAAACACGAAGAUGGACUCAACCCCAGAAAGAAAAACAGACGAAUUGUGGUUGCAGAAUCAGAUAGACUUCCCUAUGUUGGGAACAACUUUGGGCCUGGAUCAUUGCAAUGUAAUAAUCUGUGCAGGUAUUUUGUGGGAGUUCUGGACAAGAGCACUAUGCAAAUGAAGGUUCAUAAUGCUCAGCUGUUCAAUAUGCUGCCUACUAUACCAGGCGAAUCGGCAGCAGAUGACAACAAAAAGCAAGCUGAGACAUACAGAGAGAAGGUGGAUGCUCUCAUUGAAGCAUUUGGGACGACUAAACAGAAACGUGCUCUGACCUCCAGGAGACUCAAUGAAGUGGGCAAUGAAAUGCUUCACCGGUCUGUGGCACAGGCUGCCAGCAACAUCAUAGAUCGGAAAGGAGUGGAAGCUCUGCGUAAUGAAGUGGUUGAGGCUCAGGCAGAGACCACACUCUUCCUCCCCACAUGCAACACUGACGCAGACAAAGCAGAAGAUGUAUACCCCUUUGACUGCCUGCUGUCUGCAAAAGAGUUUAAUGCACUGAAGGAUGUUGGAAUGAAGUUUGCAACGCUGACCCCUGAAAACCUGCAGGAAAUGAGAGCUGAGUUUUGUCCACAGACUGUUAUUAGACAUCUUGAAUCACUUCCCAAUGAGGCCGCAGCUCGUGACAGACAGUCUCGUUGUGCCUGGUACCUGUCCUUCCUCAUCAAAGUCUCACGUCGAAAAUGGCUACCCCCCAAAUUUGCUACUGAGAGUGGAUGUCCCAAAAUCAUCUUCGACAAAGUCCGGAAGAAUUUCACAGUGGAGAGUUUCCACAACGGCUUGAUCAAGAACACAGUGUCGAUGUCCAUGCGUAUGAAACUGGCUUCUCACUGUUUGGCUUUACUGCUGCACAUGAAUAAUCAGACGGCUGAUCUCACACUCUUACACAGAGACCUGAGCAUCACCGAAAACAAAAUGUUGGAGUUGGCCAAGGCCAUGGGACUGACCCUGUCCCGUCUGACUGUCAUUAAAGAUGAAGGGAUAAAGGAUGAGCACAGGAUGGCCUCUGUGGUGCUCCCACUGGUGUUUUGUGAUCGACGGGUGGAACGCAGGAAACGCAAGAGGAUGAACUGAGCUGUGGACACUAGUAUGUUUCUAAGCUGUGUAAGAACAGGCUACAACUGCAUUUCAUUUUGCAGUUUCACAAAUGCGCUCAAUUAACAGAGAUCUUGUAAGAUUGAAUUGGAAAAUAAAAGACUGUUCAGUAAAUGGAAAUUGGAAUUCCCCUGUAUUCCGAUUCAUUUUACAACAACCUGAUGCAAAAUCGGUCCAGAUUGAGUUUAAUUUGUGUAUACUUGUGAUGACUGUAAUUACACGUGUUGAUGGACUGUUAAUAUCUUGCUAUUAAGCACAAUAAUUGUUUUUCCUGUGAAAAAUGUCUUGGUUUUAGGAAUCAAAUCCAUAUCUAUGCAAUCUAAAGACAAAUUACAGAAAUUAGACAGUUUUCAAUGAUAGCGAUUAUAUUUAUACUGCACAACAAGUAUAAAAACCAUACUGUAAAAAUAGGCACAUUUUAGUAGAUACAUAUUGCACUUUACAAAUCAAACCAGCAGUUGGUAUGAAAACAUUACUAAAAUAAUAACAGCCUAACAAAAGAUGGCUACCUUUUGAUAAGGUCUAGUGUUCUGGAAGGAAAUCCCAUUACAAGACCCCUUAUUUUAGUUCUAGGCUAUGUUUGAAAUGGCAUACUUCCUACUAUUCCUGCAGCAUGUAUACUGUACACAGUGUGCAAAGGUUCAGGACACCCAGUCAUCUACCACGUUUUACAAGCAAUUCAAGGGCCAUGAAGUAUACUUCAAUUUCCAGUACAAUGAAUGAACCGAAAUUACUGCCAAAAACACUGUCAUUAUUUGUUCAGACUGCCAAAGGUAGUCAUUUUUACAUUUUCAUUUUCUUUUCUUUUUUUAAAUGGCAAAAUAACCUUCAGUUUCUGAAGUGGAUGACUGCAAUCCACUUGCAAGCAAUGAGGUCAUGUGACAUUUAUAUUCAGACUAAAACCUACUGUUUUAUGUACAGUAUAUACUGUGCAGUUUUUAAUAAAUAGUAAGCUAGUAUUCCAUUCUGAACAUAGCUGUGGUCUCCUGGGGAAAAACAAAAAAACAACCCAGUUUCAAGCCCUUUGACUACAUUAGGAGAUCUCCCCAAAGAUUGAUUUAAAAGGAUAGAUAGUCCAUCCACAAAUGAAAAUUGUCAUUUGCUCACAGGUUUAGAACAACAUGAGGGUAUGACAUUUUUUCUGCUGUAGAACAAAAGAAGAUAUUUUGUUUUCUAUCGACUCCCAUAGUAUUUUACUCAGAUACUCAGAUACAAAUGUAUAGUAUAAUGCAAUGUAAGUCGCUUUGGAUAAAAGCGUCUGCCAAAUGCAUAAAUGUAAAUGUAAAAUGUAUUUUUUUUUUGUCUAUAGUAUGGAAAUCAUUGGGAAGUUGGGGAACAAAACUUUUUUUCUUACCAGCAUUAUUCAGAAUAUCUUCUUUUGUGUCAGUUUUCCUUUUUGGGUGGACUAUGCCUUUAAAUUACAAUUCAUCCUUAGUCUCUUGUUAUUUUCAUACAAGGUUUCUGACAUAACAUCUCAAAGGGUUUUUAUAUAAUUCUACUGUUUAGCUGGAGCUACAAAGAAGCAACAUAAGAUAAUCUUGCUUACAGUCUCCAAAAUAGUAAAACUGCAGGACAGUUUUUGCAUAUCCCAAUAUUUAGUAAAACUCAUGAAUGCUUCAAUGAUAGGCAUAUUGAAUCAGUGCCUGUGAAAUCACAUUUAAGAUCUUUAAAUGAUCUCUCCUAAGUUCUUGCAAAUUCUCCAAGGGUUGCCAGGUCAGGCGAGAACUAAACCCUUCAGUAAUGUGCACAGAUACAUAAAACUGGAGUGUUUUAAUAGGAAAGUUAGAUAUUGCCAUUUGACUAGCUGCAUCUCGGUACCCAGUGCGUGCAUAUUUGUUUUUGUCCAUUAAAGAAUCUCAGCAGUACUACAAUUCCCAAGGUGCACUGAAAUUGUUUAUCUUCUAUUUUCAGCGCUGGUUCUUGUCUUUUGGGAAGAGAGAGGGAAAGCCACGUGACAUGUCUCUCUCUUCUACUUCCCCUUGUGUCUCUUUCUCCCACCUGACUUUGUGUGAAUGGCUGAAAUAACAACAACAGGCUGUAGGUUCACUGGAUAAUAAAAUUAAUGUGUCUUACUGAAUCAUGUAGGAUUUCUUUUUAAUAAAAAUGCGUUGCUAUCUUGA